AUGGGCUAUAACAUUGUUUCUUAUCCCACAUAUCAAAUGCCAAAAGUGGUGGAAUCAACUCAACGUCGGUUUCAGCAGCAACCUGAGCUACAGCAAUGUGACUAUUGUCAUUUUGAUCGAUUUCAUCACGAGUCCGAGAAGCAGCAUCCCAUUCAGGGACAACAAUACACCAUACCAUUGUCAUUGACUUCAUCAAUUAAUGAAUCGUCAAAACAGUCUCAAUACCACCAUCCCCAAAUGCCUAGACAGGAUGGCUUAACAACAAUUCAAUACAAUGCCCCUACCAGUUUAAAUUGUGGAGUCAAUACUCUUUCUACAACGCCUGAGUCUCCACUGAACUACACGACUUCUACAAAUAUGUUUCGAAGGAACAGUCAGAUGUCUUUCUUAACUCCUCAUAGUGCUAGUUCACCGUUGGAUACAUCCAACGCCAGGCCUGAAACUAGAGAUGAACUUUAUUUUGAGGUUGCAAGUAGUACGUAUGUCUACAAGUCACCAACCGAAGGGAGAGAAGGUGUUCUGCAGGGCUCGUUGAUAAAACAUGUCUUGGAGAGUAAUUCAGACAACAGGACCUGUAAGCGGUCCAGGACAGGAUGUCUAACGUGCCGGUAUCGGAAAAAACGAUGUUCGGAAGGGAAGCCUAGCUGUGAAGAAUGUACCCGACUAAAUAUGAAGUGUAGAUGGCCACUGCCCGGCAGUGAACACAAAAACAGGUCCAAACGAAGUCUAAAGAUUGGCCAUGAUGAAAUGUACCAUGAGACAUAUGGCGUUAUUAAGGUGCUUCGAGGAGUUGUGUUGUACAAAAUCGAAGAAUAG